UGUUUACUUCCGGUGUGUUCAACACGUGUGGAAUGAAUUUGUAUUUACAUUUAAAUUUUACGUAAAACAUUUUAAUAGAUUUAAACUAAAAAUGGCAGAAUAUGUUCAACAGAAUAUUGAAGAUAUGCUCCCUGAGCUGGAGCAGUUAGAAAGAGUUGGUUUAUUCACAAAAGAUGAAACAAGACAAAUCUUAAAGAAAAGACAAGGUUAUGAAUACAGAUUACGAAGACAAACUAAAUGUAAAGAAGAUUUUCUUCAAUAUAUCCAGUAUGAAAUUAAUUGCUUGGCUCUACUCCACAAACGAAGAGAGAAGACUGGAUAUUCUUUUAAACAGUUGAACUUAGAAAACGUCAUCAAGGAAAGAAUCAACAAAUUAUUUCGGAUGGCUACAUACAGGUUUCAGGAGGACCUAAAACUAUGGAUGUCACACAUUGCAUUCUGUGAAUCAAAGGAUGAUGUUGUUAGAGUGGGUAAAAUUUUUACACGGAUGUUGCAAGUCCAUAAUAAAAAAACAGAGAUAUGGAUUCUUGCUGCUAAAUGGGAGUUUGAAAACAAAAAUGCCCAGAAUGCAAGAGCAACCCUUCAGCGAGGGCUUAGAUUUAAUCCAGAUUCAAAAAAGCUAUGGUUAGAGUAUUAUAGAAUGGAAUUAUUAUAUACAGAUAAGAUGCAAAAAAGAAAGAAAAUAUUAGGUGUAGAAGAUCCAGAGAUGGAGGGUAAGAAAGAUGCUGUAUUAACUGGUCAGGUGGCAGAGGUUGUAUAUAAGCAAGCUAAAGAAGCAUUUCCAGGUGAUGCAGAGUUGAUUUUAGGUUUUAUUAAAAUCUGUGAAUUAUUUAGUUUUAACAAAUCUCAACUUGAUAGUAUGUACAAAGAUUUAAAGAAGAAUUAUCCUGAUAAGCCACUAACAUGGGAUGCUAGAGCUAGAAGAUGUAUGAGUAUACAAACCGGUCAAGAUUCAAGUAAUGAAGAUAAAAUGCACAGUUUAUAUGAACAGGCAGUUUCACAGAUCAAUACAAGUGAAAUGUGGGGUCUCUACAUCAAAAGGUGCAUUGAGCUGGUGAAAGAAAAGACUACGGACAGCAGUAAAACAGAAAAGAGAACACAGAAACUUGUUAAUGUGUUUAAUGGUGCAAAUGAUCAACAGUGUUUAACAGAAGAAUUAUUUAUUCUAUGGAUUGAAGUAUUGUUAAAUGUUGGUCUAAUUUCUGAAGCUGAAUCGGCAGCCAAGUGUGGUACACAUCAAUACUCUACUAGUAUAACAUUAUGGAAACAUAGGUUAUUAAUAGCUAUACAGACUGGCCAGUCACAAGAUGAUAUCUUAAAGUUGUUUAAAUCGGCUAAAAAGAAAGUAGCAGAAAAGGAUUGUUGGCCAGUAUGGCAAAUAAUUCUUGACUUUUUAUCCAGUUGUAAGUCAGAAAAAUUAGAGGAAGUGUUAGAGACAGGAAGUACUAGAUAUAGAAAUAUAAGUAUACCAGUUAAAGAAUUCUAUAUAAACUGGGUUGGUUUAACAUCAAGUAUAAACAAUGUUCGCAAUCUAUAUCACAGACUUCAACAGUUAAAACCUCUUUCACUAGAAUUUUACAAAACUUAUAUAGAUCUAGAAUUAGCACAGUCUGUUGUAAAAGUGAAGUUAAUUAGACAAGGUUAUGAAGAUGCUGUAUCAGAAUAUGGAGACUCCAGUUCAGAUUUAUGGUUAGAUUACAUCAAAUUUGAGAGUAUGAAAGGAAAACCGGAAAAUGCUGGUGUUUUAUAUUACAGAGCUAUAAAAAAUUUAACGGGUGACUUAAAUAAUAACUUCAUUACAAAACACACUUUAAUACAAACUGGACAUGCAACACAAGAUUCUUAAAUAUUAUAAAACUUUGACUAGAAUAAAAUACAGGAACACUGUUUAACAUCAAUUUAAGGAAUAAAUAUAUCAAAAUCCUGGUCAAUUCAAUAGAAUUGAGUCCAUGGAUAAUAAGAACAAGAAAUAUCACAUAUGUAACAUUAUGUCAAUUAACAUCAAAUAUUAUGUAAAUAAAAUUUAUUUCGGGCAUAUGACAUGAACAUAUUUUUACUUCAGGCAAAAAAACCCAAUACCUGUUUUUAAGGUUAUUGUUUUUAGUCAAAACCGCUGAGCUUAAACUUUUUUUCUCUCUCAUUUCUCAGACGUGAUGUGGUUUUCUGUUGACAAAUUCCAACACUGAAGUUUUGGUAUCAAUGAUUAAGCUAGAAAUGCUAUUAAAUAGAUAAUACAAACCCCAUGAAAUUUAAAAUAAACACAUGUAUUUUCUUUUCUUGGCCUAAUGUGUAAUGUACAUGAUAUUGACCAUAGAAUUAUUAAUAGCUAAUGAAUGUAAUUUUAAACAGAUGAAAUAUAAAACUAUUCAGAUCUUU